AUGGAGCGAACCCCGCCGCCCUCCCUCACAAGGUCGCCUUCGUCUUCCGCGAACACUUAUUGUCCGUCAGAGAGGUCCUCUCUAGACUACCCCUCGCCAGGUCUGGUAGAACAGCAAUACAAGAUCACGUCGAUAUAUGGAGAACAGUCGUGCGUGACACCGCCCAUGGACCCUGAGCUGUCUCUUCCGCCGCUCGACUCGAUGGGCCACCCCGACUGGAACAGCACGGCCGUUAUGCAUUCAGUCUCGUCUGCCGCCGGCAUGCCCAACGUCCUGUCGGGGGAUUACGACGCGUUCGGGAGCUACCCUUAUAGCCACGAUGUCUACCAAGGUCACCCCUCGAACCAUCCACCCUCGAUUGACGCCUCGGCUCCCCCGCCAACCGGAACCGCCCCCCGGUCCCCUGUGGUGCCAUUGAGGACGCCGUACACACCUGGCGCCUCGGUCCCGCCCAUGACGCCGCGGAUCAAGAUGGAGGGGUCUUCGGACUACAGUCAGAGCACCGACGCGUCGCACUACCCUUCGCCGCGGUCCAUCCACACAUCUUACCCCUCUGACAGUGGGCCCUACACCAGCAGCACCUCGGCCGGGUACUUGUCCGACAGCGGUUCGACAACAUGGCACAAGCCCGAUUACCAGCCCGUUGAGCCCGAGCACUUCUACCCCGGACCGCCGCCGCCGCCGCCCUCCGCAUUCAUGCACGACGCCAGGAGGCAGUACCGGGUGGCGCGGCCGAAGCGGGCGCCGCGCCGUCUGACGACCAAGGAGGAAGCCAACUUUCAGUGCGAAGUCAAGGGGUGCGGCAAGCUAUUCAGUCGCAGCUACAACUUCAAGGCGCACAUGGAGACGCACGACGAGAAGCGUGAAUACCCCUUCCCAUGCCAGGUGCCCGAUUGCAACAAGAAGUUUGUGCGCAAGACGGACCUGCAGCGGCACCACCAGAGCGUGCAUCUUCGGGAGCGCACCCACAAGUGCGACUAUUGCAGCCGCAUGUUUGCGCGCAAGGAUACUCUGAGGAGGCACAUGGAAGACGGCUGCUCCAAGAGAUUCGACAUUGGGACCCUCGACCUCCGCGCCGAGGCGUUCGACCCCAUGCACCCCAGCGCGCGCUCCAUGGCGGCGCCAAUGGGACACAUGAUCCCGCCGCCGGGUGGCCUACCGCCCAUGGCCAUCCCCCCGCUCUGCGGCCCCAGUAUCCUCGGUUCCAUGACCCCUUCGAUGCGCCCUCGGGAACCCCUUGCCAGCGGUGACCACUCUCAAGGUCACAGCUGGGGGAGGUGA